UUAUGAAACUCUAUCCGUAGUUAACGAUAUAUUUUUCCAAUUUGUUGAUAUAAACAAUCAUUGAACUUUGUUAUCAAAUGUUGACUUAAUGAACGUUUCGAGAAAAAAUUAAUUGUCUUUGUGGAAAUAUAAAACAAAGCCCGAUACAUUAACAAGCUCAUGCUGAAAAUGUGUUAUUACAAAGUGAAGUGCAACUAAAUAUUUAAAAAAAUUCAAAUGUAGCUGAUGAUAAGUUUGAUAUUCUCGUUGGUGGUGCAAAACCGUGCAUGUUUACCUCAGCGCCUGUGUGGGUGCAAGAGAAUCUAGUUGGCGCCAGAGGUGCGUCAUCCAUCAUGGUCGAAGACAUCAUAGCCAGGGAUUGGCCGGUUUGUAGUCACGUGGCUCUUUGAUUGGAUGCUAGAGGCGGGCCUUAGGCUCGAUAGUGACAGGACGUAUGUAGUAGGGGAACAGAAAAAAGUCUCCGUUUAAUAGCCUAGUGCCUCGCUACCCCCCACCGUAUAACCGUCCAUAAGCUGGCAUUCGGUCUAGCUCAGAAAAAUUAAUGAUCAUGAGCUCGUUUUUGAUGAACCCGGUGUCUGGAGUUCCAUCCAGCUACCAUCAGCAAUCUCAACAUCUCGCGGCCGGCGUAGUGGUCGACCCCAAGUUUCCUCCAUCUGAAGAAUAUAGCCAAAGUAGCUACAUUCCAACCACGGCCAGUGAUUUCAUAGGUGGUCACCAUAUAAAUCAAUCCCAGCAUCCCAUUCAGUAUGGGUAUCAUAAUCACCAUCAAGCCACAACAACCCCUUAUGGUCCUACUAGCGGUGGUUAUGGCAAUUAUGGUAACUAUUAUCACCCGCAGAUACAUCCACAUCACACGCCACCGAUUCAUCCCCAUCAAAUCCGGCCGUCGAUACCCAUGCACGGAGAUCCACAGCAAACACAAAUACAAUGCGGCUUUGCAACUCAUAGACCUACGGUACCUACACCCUCUUCGAGUGCCAACUCGGUUUUGCAAAAUAUCGGGGAUGUUGCCCCAAGUGUCAAUCAACCUAGUGAGGUGAACUCUGGUGUGUGUAGCCCCGCAUCCACGGGUCAUGGACAAGACUCCAGAGGGUCUCCUCCUGGACAACACACUCUCCAGGAGUUGGGACUCCGUUUAGAAGAUAAUGUGUCAGACGAGCAAGAUGAUGGUGAUGACGAUCACGACGGUUCGCCCAUACCCGACGAUGAUGACGAUGAAACAAAUGACGGCGAUAGAGUCAUAUAUCCUUGGAUGAAGAAAAUCCAUGUUGCAGGAGCAU